UGCCCGUCCCAUCUCCUAGUCGCUCCUUAGCCCACUCUUGCAUUACGCCGCACACACUUUAACAUGCCGACCGAGUUCGAGCUCCGUAAGAGGAAUAACGCAUUUGCGGAGAAGGCUCGCGCUGGCAAAAACCCUGUCAAGGCCUCCCGCGCGGAGAGGCUCUCAAAACGAAGCCCGAUCAGUCUUUGGGCUUUGGGUGUCAUCUUGUUCGUUGUAUUGGGUGGAGUGAUCUUUGAGCUCCUCCGUCUAUUCUUCCUGUGACCAUGCUAUCAUGGAGGGCGCACGCGCAUUGGCACGAGACAAGCUCGUUGUAUAACAGGCUGGCUGUAACUUAUGUCGCUCAACCUAGUCGUUCGUGAGGAAUUCAUAUCUGCUCUUCUC